AUGGCGCACCUGUCCCAAACCUACCGCUGCAUCGCCGUCGACCUGAAGGGCUACGGCCAGUCCGAAAAGGCACCCGGCGACUACCGCCACGAAGGCGCCGGCGAACAACUCUUCGACAUGCUGCAACUGAUCUUGAACAACAGCAAUGGUGACGAGGGCAACGACGGCAACGGUGAUAAGGCCAAUGGCAAGAAAAAACGCUUCAACCUCGUCACGCACGACCGGGGCACCGUGCAGGCCGACUUCAUCGUCGCCAAACACCCCUCCUCCAUCAUCCGCUACAUGCGCGGCGAGCAGCACCUAUACCACUUCAACCCGCUACUUGCCCCGCAGGGCGACAUCUUCAAGGACGCGCCGUGGACGGGCAUCAUGGAAGACCCCAUCCGGUUCGUCGUGUGGGUGCACAAUUUCGUCCGCGGCAAGAAGCCACUGCCCCAGCACGAGAUGGAGCGCGUCAUCCAAGAAUUCUCGUACCCCGACAUAAAUCGAGCCGUGCCGCGCUAUUUCAAUUCCUCCUCUUUCAGGAUCGAAUGGCUGCAACGCCGGAACAGAUUGCUCGAGGCUUGGAAGUGUCCCGUCUUGAUCAUGCAAGGCUACGACAGCAAGAGCCAGCCGCGCGAGUUUUAUGAAAACGCUGGAGACUACAUACCCAAUGCCGAAAGAGUCGCGGUCCAGUACAUUCCCGGAGGACACUUUUGGACCCUGGAGUCCCCGGCGGAGACCACUGAUGCUAUUGAGAAGUUCAUGAAGGGUGAGCUUUGA